GUCACUUCCGGCGGCGUUGCUAAGCAACUGUGCAGUUUGACAAACAUUCGGCAGGCUGGAGUGCUACUCGCCCAGCAUCGGAGUCAUCUUUCCAAGUCACAAAGAGCCAAAGGCACCUACCUCGUUAGAGAUGCUGGUGCGGUUUGGAAGGCGCUGUGGACGGGCAAAGGAAGAUACAGAAAUAAAGAACUCUGAAGAAGAUCAAGCUCUCUAUCCACCUCUUCUACCUAGCAAGGUAGAUCUCCGGGAGGUUACCAUAAUUCCACAGAAUGAGUGGAAAAGGAUUCAAGAUAGCCUUGAUAGUUUGACAAGAGAAGCAGCAUGUCUUCGUGCAGAAAGAAAGGCAAAGAAAGAAAUGCAUUUCCGAUCCCAAGAAGUGGUAAAACAUUGGACUAACACAUAUGCAGGGAUGAAAGAACAGAAACUUGAAGCCAAAAAGAAGCGUGAUGAAGAAGUAGAGGCAGAAAGACAAAUUCUUGAUAUAGAAGAAGAAAUAUACAAACAAGGAGAAAGAAAAAAGGCUAUUGAAUUUGCAAAGCAAUACCAAUUGUACCAGACAGAAAGAGUGAAACGCUUUCAUUCAGGACUUCUUCUUAGUAGAGUUAUGAAAGAACGUGAUGCACAGAUUGAAUUCCAAAAGAAUAAAAUAAAAUCAGAUGAAAAAUGGGAAGAACAAUUGAAACUCAGCAUUGAAAAAUCUUUUAAAGAAGAAAAAGAAAAAGCAGAAAAACAACGCAGAGAUAGAAUGGCUCUUGCCAAUGAUCAUUUAAAACAAAUCAAGGAACAUAAAGAGGAAGAAGAAAGAAGGAGAAAACAUGAAGAAAGGGAUGCUAAAGAAAUAAAGCGACAGAAUGCAUUAUAUGAAAUAGAAAUGAGGAAAAAACUAGAAAAGAAAAAAGAAGAGAGAAAUGAAAGCAGAAAACUGUUUUUUGAAAAUAUGAAUGACAAAAAUAUCAUCAAAGCUGUAGAACGGCAGCAGCAAGAGGAGGAAGAUGAAAAGAUUAGAAAAUUUAUCAAAGCUAAAAAGCGUCUUAUGCAAAUAGGGAAAGAAAAAGAAGCUGAAACACACAGGCUAAUGGAAGAAAGGAGAGAAAGAAUAAAUAAUUUUCUGAGUGAACUAAUGAAAGAGAAACUUGACAAUGAAGAUUUGAUUAUUGCUAGAGAUACUGCAGAAGCUGAGGCUGAAUGGGAAAAAAGAGAAAAAGAAAAAUAUGAAAAAAACAAAGCAGAAUUAAAAGCAAUUGCAGAAUAUAGAGCUGUUGUGAUGAAAAAUAAAGAGGAAGAAGAAAAACAGAGGAAACUAGAUGCUAAAGAACAAUUGCUGGCUAUCAUGAAAGCAGAUCAGAUUUUCCAAGAGCAUGAAAAGGAGAAAAAACGCAAAGCUGAUAAAGAACGUCAAGAACUUCGAGAUGCCCAUAUUCAGCAAAUGGCACAAAAUAAAUUUAAUGCAAAGCAAGAAAAACAAGCAGAAUUAGAGUAUUACAGACUUACUGAAGCUCUUGUGGCUGAAAAGGAGAAGGAAUUUCAGGAUUAUGCCAGAGAAGUAAUUGAACUGGAGUCUGAAUCAACAAAUAAGUAUAUCUAUCCUAUUGUAAAAGCUGUACGGGAAGGACAUGGAGGUGGCCGUGGACCAGUGUUUGUGGACAGAGGUGGAUUAAGACCCAGUUAUCAGGCAAAUGAUGUCACUGGAGUCCAGCUCCCUUUUUAUAACUCUCAGGGAUCAAAAUAUAGUAAUUUUGAAAAGUCUAAGGGAAGGCUAGGUUUUACAUGGUAGAAAAAAGUUUAUUUUUGAUAAACUUUUAUUUUGAUUGAGAAGACUAAGUUGUAGCUCAUAAUAUUUAUUAUGAGCUACAAAUAAGUGAAUUUUAUGCUUGUAAUUUAUUAAUAAAGCUGCUCUUCAUCAAAGUGCAAUUGUCUGUUUAAUAUCCUUCACUACCAAAGUUUAACAGAUCCCUUUGAUAAUGCAUAUGCAAGUGUAAUUUUAGCCUUUAAAAAUAUGUAUUCAGUAGCACUAAGUAGAACUAUAAUAUUGUACAACCAUUACCAUACCUAGUUCCAGAACGUUUUAUUCCUCCAAAGGGAAACCCUGUACCUAAGCAGUCACCUCCCACUUCCCUUCUCUCCAGUCUCUGGCAACCACUUUGUCUCUAUGGAUUUGCCUAUUUUGGAUAUUUCAUGUAAUUAUAUGGAAUCAUACUGUGGCCUUUAGUGUCUGGCAUUUUUUUCAGGUUUCAUCCAAGUUUUACCAUUAUCAAUACUUUGGUCCUUUUCAUAGCUAAAUAAUAUUCCAUUGGAGGCAUUAUUCUCUUCAGCCGAAAUUUAUUUAUCCUUCAGUACUUUAGUUUCAAACACUACCAAUAUUAUUACUAACAAUAGGAUUACAGAGUUUAUGACUUGUGGCUUG